GUAUCAUUAAAAAAAUUUUAGCCAUUCUGGCAGCUGUGUCACGAUAUUUCAUUGUGACUUUAACUUACACUUUCCCACUGGCUAUUGAUAUUGAGAGCUUUGUUCAAAUUCUUAUUGGAUAUUUAGAGCCAGUUUCAAGCUGCCAACAUGAUGUUGCUGAAUGUGGGACUGGAAAGACGGGCAGUAAGGAACACAACAUUAUAUGGUGUUUCCAUCAUACGGAUACAAGAGAUGCCCUCGCUCAGAUGCGGUCGGUUCUCCCGGGUCUGGGCUCACGUCUCCUCUGCGCGCCUUGUGCUGCCCACCUCGCAGAUCCGCAGGCUUCUGGAGACCGUGGGUGGAAGACCGUGGCGAGAAGGAGGAGGAGGCGCCGCACCACGCCGCGGAGGCGAUGCCAGAUGGCCCCGGAAUAACGGACGCCUCAGGAAAGCUUUCCCGAUACAGACACCCAGUCAGACUAUUUUGGCCAAAAUCAAAGUGUUACGAUUACUUAUAUCAAGAAGCAGAAGCUCUUCUGAAAAAAUUUCCAAUUCAAGCCACAAUUUCAUUUUAUGAAGAUUCUGAUAGCGAAGAAGAAAUUGAGGAGCUGAUCUGUGAAAAUUAAUCUGAUUACUUUUGAUGACAUUCAAAGCUUGUAGGUACAAAUUAGAUUAGUGUACAAAUGUAUCAUAAUCCUUUUAAAUUAACUUAUUUGUAUAUAAAUUAUUA